GUGUUCCAUUGAAAUCGACCGUUAUCUGUUGGAGUCUUUGGUUAUUUCCUACUCUUCAUAAAUUUACAGCAUUUACUAACUACUUUGCUUGGCUAGUGGUCGUUCCAAAUGCAGCAAAGUCGAACCGCGCAGGGAUCAACAGCGGCACAGUUGACAGGGGCUGUCGCGCUUGGCUGUGUGACACUGGUAGACGCAACAGGCCACGAACAUGCAAUGUCGGUGACCUUUUGCACCUCAUUUUAGCAACUCGAUGAGAUGCUCCACGUUCUGUUUAAACGUGACGUGCCUCAAGCACGACUUCAGAGACGGUAUAUGGAGAGAGGACAGUAUGAUUUGUGCAUUGAUGAUGGCAAGCAGGUAACCCGACUUACAAGCCAUGAAUGGACAGGCAUUGAAGCAGGCACGACAAUCGUCAUGAGGAUCGUCUUUAAACAGGUGACACAUCCUAAAGUUGAAUACAAAUGUCAUUUUUGCGGCGCUGUCAAUCACAUUGUAAAUCAGUAUUCGCUUCAACACCAGGGUACUGGCUCGAUCAAUUGUCGAGAAUGCAAACGACGAUUUCAGAUCUCCCGCGAAAGCUCCAGUGCAAAGCGGAGCGCACAAUCCUCUGGCACUGACUUUGUUCCUGAAACUGAAGCAGAAAUGCACCUUAUUCGCAACUUUCACAUCCGGCAGAUUAGCUCUGGGAAAGAUAACAUUAACCACCCCCGCAUAACGUUGCACAACAAAUUACAGAUGACCAAUUUCCAUGCACGUCUAACAUGGAAAAUCGAUCUACAAGGCCCUCCCAACACUUUGACAUGGUAUGCGGCCGUUUACAGUAUGUUGGCUGUCAAAUCGAAGAUGGUGCAUACUAACCAAACAUAUAGUUGACGGUAUAAAAUAUGGCGACGGUUCAGCCCGUCGCAAGUCUGAUGCUCAAGAUGAGGCUGCGGCCGCGGCUUAUAAUCGCUUGAUACAUGAAAUGUCCUAAUAUGCAUGAUGACCCUAGUUUAUGUGAAAACAUAUGCCAUCAUUUUCAUCCUCUAAACAAGUAGUUCUGUUUCUCAUACAAUACAACGCUGUCCAUGCCAGAAGUGUGCCUGUUGUGAGUUAAGUGGUCUUGUCAUUUGAUAGUGCGGUGCGUACGACAGCAGUGUAAACGGCAUCGCAGAUAACGAAAACUCUUUGAAGGGAAAGUCAGUUUUACUUGAUCCUGGUGGCG